UGUGCUCCCUGCCUGAGCAUAUUUAUGCAUUACAUCUGCUGCAGAGACUGCGGGCUGACAAAACAAUGCCAGCACAAGCUAAGGUGGAACAAAAGCAAUACAGGCACUAUUAAAUCUCUCCUCAUCACCAUAUCAUUUUACAGAGACAUGGAUGAGACUUCAGUGUAAAACAAGAUUAAGAUUUUAGAUAUUUAAAGGUCUGAUGAAAGAAAAGCGACAACUCUGACUUUGUUUCUGUACAGACCUGACUAUGAGUUUUACUUCGUUGCUAUCAAGGGGCGCAAUGGAUAUUUUGGACGAACUUCAACAACUUACCGCAAAAACCAUGGAAAAGGUUGAAGUUGCAAAACAAUAUGAAGUCAUCAGGGAACUGGGAAAAGGAACAUAUGGUAGAGUAGACCUUGUUAUUCACAAGACAAGAGGUUCAAGGAUGGCACUAAAGUUUCUGCGAAAGAAAACCACCAAACAGAAGAACUUUCUCCAAGAGUACUGCAUCUCACGCUACUUAUCUGCCUGUCCGUAUAUCAUUGGCAUGUAUGAUAUCGCUUUUGAGACGGAUGAAUAUUACGUAUUUGCCCAAGAAUAUGCAGUUGCUGGUGAUUUAUUUGACAUAAUACCACCGCAGGUUGGCCUUUCUGAGCACACCACAAAGCGCUGUAUAUAUCAAGUUACUUUGGCCCUGGAUUACCUACACAACCGAAAACUCGUUCAUCGGGAUAUCAAGCCAGAAAAUAUUCUUAUUUUUGACAAAGAGUGUCGAAAAGUCAAGCUUUCCGAUUUUGGCAUGACCAGAAUUGCUGGUACAACAGAGAAACGUGUGAGCGGUACCAUUCCUUAUACAGCUCCAGAGCUUUGCGAGACUUCUAAACAUAAUGGCUUUCUUGUUGAAUAUAGUAUCGAUGUCUGGGCGUUUGGCGUUCUAUUAUUUUGUAUGAUGACUGGAAACUUUCCUUGGGAAAAAGCUUUACACAUAGACACUUUUUACUAUGAAUUUUUACAGUGGCAGAGAUAUAAAAAUGCCAAUGUACCUUCGCAAUGGCGUAAAUUUACUCCUCACGCUCUCAAAAUGUUCAGUAAGUUGCUUUCAAUCGAGCCAGAGAAAAGAUGUUCCAUUAAAGAUGUUUUGUGGUAUUUCGGCAAGACGUGGUUAGUAAACAAAGAUGAAUCACUUGGCACUGAUAUGAAAACCAGUUCUGAUGUAUUUGUACAUAUAAAACCACAAGGUCUUCCUUUUAUCAACAACGAAGCUCUUAACAGCAAUAAAAGUGAAAUAAGCCCAACUCUAUCGUUCUCAUCUUGCAGCAGUUUUGAAGAUGUCCAGAAGGAAAAUAAUUCAAAUGCAGUGUUGGUAUCAACGCCAAUUGAAAUAUGUGUAUGAAAUGAGAAUGACAAAAUAAUAACAUAAAUGCCAGCAGAGCCAAACCGCUUACUUUCUCAUUCCUGAUCUGUAAGGUUAUGUCAGUUUACAACCAUUGCAAUCAUAAGCCAAGUAUUUAAAUAUUGAAAUAUAUAAAUGUUUAUAUGUA